AUAGAUUGGGAGAUCGAAUUGUUUACACAGCUCGAAACUAAAGACUGCCCAAAUGCAGACACAAACAAAUCACCAUAAAAACGUACUAUGAUCUGAAGAGAAAUCAAGCCAUGAAGGAAGAAGAGAAAACACACAAAACACACAUUUCGCCCGGCCUUACCCAAUAUUUCAAGCUCAUCUUCUCAUGCAUUCUCCUUCUUCACCAUCAUCUUCUUCCUUUUCGACAUCCUUCUUCCUCAUUCUUCUUCUUCUUCUCCUCCAGCUCCUCCUCCUCGUCCUCUCAUACCAGUGAGAGCCCAGAUUCCUCGCUCGCCGUACCAAGACAAGAAAUGAAGAGGGGCAACAAAAAAAAAAGAGAGAAAAAUAAACCCGGCAUUCGAAGAUAAGGGGUGCUCCCAUGCAAAGUUUGGGCCCCUGUUUCUACACCUAGUUCAUAUGCGCUGUGGUUGAUCCGUCAACGCCGACUCCCGAAGGCACGAUCCUUGCGUUGAUCCAAGCGCUGCUUGCCGAGGAUUACCCCUUUGUUUUGACUCCAUCCAGUUCGUACCUGCCAUUCCUUACUCUCACGCACGCUCUCCUUCCCUCUUGUCUGUCUGUGGCAUCGGGCGGAAGGUACUUUGUCCCCUUGCUAGCAGUCCUCAGACGAGCCAAUCACCCUCGUCAACCCUUCCUUUCUCUUGCCGCAGACCUCUGCUUUGAAGGGCUCCUUUCUUGUCUUGUUUUCCUCUCCAGGUCAGAUUUCCUCCCUCGCAACCAUUCGAUUAGACCUUGGCAACUUUCAUAUGUCUUGAAGCAAUUGCUUCUGUCCGAAGGGAUGUGGAAAGAUCCACCGGUGUCGUCAGGCUUGUCGACCGACGCUGUAUACGCACACGCACACGCACACUAAACGCGUUCGCUUCCGGCCUUUUCAACAUGACCUAGCGGCCUAUCCGAUGGCGUGAGGAUCUGGCUUUUCUAGGACUGAGCAGUUUGAGAGGCUCUGGCGUCCAAGAGAAGUGACUCGUGCCCGGUGGAUGAUGAGAACUGCGGUGCGACAACGUGCUCAAAACCGGAUGAUGGGAGAAGGGAAUGGGGUAAGCCGUCUCUUUGAGUCCACUCUUUCUAUCAUAGAGUGGCUGGCCAUGGCUG